CGUCUGAUAUUUUGUUUGUGUCUAUUCUAUUCUAUCAAUUUACUUUUAAUUUUAGUGAUAUUAAAUAAUUUACAAGGUCAAAAUGAGUUUGGUUCCAUUGGAAUCUAAUCCUGAGGUUAUGACGAAGCUAUUGCAUAAACUGGGCGUUCCAAAAAAGUGGAAUAUUGUCGACGUUUAUGGCUUAGAUCCGGACUCUUUGGCUUUUUUACUUAAGCCGGUUCUUGCCAUGCUACUUUUAUAUCCAGAGACUGAUCAGCAAGAAUCAGCAGAAAUUCGUCAAGAAGCUGACACAAGCGUGUCUUCUAAUAUUUAUUUUUUGAGGCAAUUUUUAUCAAACGUAUGUGGAACGAUCGCUUUAAUUCAUAGUGUUGCAAAUAAUCUUGAUGAGAUUGAGCUUAAAGACGGAUUCUUGAAAACAUUUUUGGAAAAAACAAAAAAUCUUUCAAGCACUGAACGUGGAGAACUGCUAGUUAAAGAAGAGGAUCUUAUUAAACUUCAUAAAGAAUUGUCUCAAGAAGGACAGUCUGAGAUUCAAAAUGAAGCAACACGGAGACGUCGUCAUUAUGUGACAUUUGUACAAAAAGAUGGUCAUAUUUACGAACUGUCUGGAGGAAAAAUCUCGCCAAUUAAUCGGGGACCAUCAACACCUGAUUCUUUCCUGGAUGAUGCUGCUAGUGUUUGUCAAGAAUAUAUGAAACGAGAUCCAAAUGAAAUUAGUUAUACGAUGCUCGCACUUGUUCCUACCUUAUAAACCCAUAUUUUUUACUUCUCUUUCAGUAUGAUUGAAAACUUUUUUA